AUGGCCUCUGGGGUGGUGGUUUCUGACAGUGUCAUCAAAAUGUUCAAUGACAUGAAGGUGCCUAAGUCCUCAACACCAGAGGAGGUGAAGAAGCACAAGAAGGCAGUACUUUUCUUCCUGAGCGAGGACAAGAAGGACAUCAUCCUCGAGGAGGGCAAGGAGAAACUGGUAGGUGAUGUGAGCCGGACUGUAGACGACCUCUACGCCAUCCUUGUCAAGAUGCUACCAGACAAGGACUGCCGCUAUGCCCUCUAUGAUGCAACCUACGAGACCAAGGAGAGCAAGAAGGAGGACCUGGUGUUUAUCUUCUGGGCACCUGACUCUGCACUCCUUAAGAGCAAAAUGAUUUAUGCCAGAUCCAAGGAUGCCAUCAAGAAAAAGAGGACCGGGAUCAUGCAUGAAUUAUAA